UGGGAAAACAAUUUCAGUGUUGGAUAAGUGUGGAAAACAAGCGCCUCUGAAGUAUCAAGUUUUUUGGACAACUUGGUGGGUUGAGAACUUAAGAAAGGAGAAGGACCCAGAACAGGCAUAAAAGCAUAGAAAGAUAUAUACAGAUUCAGGGAGCAAGAGGGAGGAGAAUGCUGCUAAUGGUACAACCAUCUUCCAUUUCUCACCCUUUCCCUCCAUCGCUACACAUUAGCAGCUCAAUCAGUACUGCAGUUCUUGUGCCAAGAUUAUCCCCUAACCAAAAGGGGCAAGCUCAUAGUCUCACUCUUCACGGUCAUAAUGGAUUCCGGUCAUCAGCAUCUCCGUCGGUUUCUUGCCUUUUUCCACGGAAAACCGCCAACCGUGCUUCAUUUCAGUUUUUUGGAAGAAAACUGGAAGUAUUCCGUUUUGCUUCAGUGGACUUUCAGGAGUCCUCACCAAACAAGCUAAUGGUUGAAGAUAUUACUGAUGUGGAAAGACCAAUUAUUGGUAUACCUGCCUUCUCAUAUGGGUCAAUCAUGUGGUUGAUAUCUGGACAAGUGGCACAUGCUAGUGAAGGUGUCAAUGUGAAUAUGGUUUAUGAGAUUGGAGAGGUGUUUGAUGUGGGGAUCCAGCUUACAUACUUGCUUUUGCUACUAGCUCUACUGGGAGCUGGAAGUUUCUUUGUUAUCCGUCAAGUCCUUAUCCGUAGAGAACUUGAUCUUUCUGCUAAAGAAUUGCAAGAGCAAGUUCGAAGUGGUGAUGGUAGCGGUAGGGAGCUUUUUGAACUUGGAGCUGUUAUGCUGAGAAGAAAACUUUAUCCAGCUGCAACUAGGUACCUUCUUCAGGCUAUUAAGAAAUGGGAUGGAGAUGGUCAGGACCUAUCUCAAGUUCACAAUGCGCUUGGUGUGAGUUAUGUUCGUGAUGGGAAAAUUGACAAGGGAAUUGCCCAGUUUGAGAUUGCAGUGAAGCUUCAACCAGGUUACGUCACUGCCUGGAACAAUCUCGGCGAUGCCUACGAGAAAAAUAAGGACAUGAAUAAUGCUCUUAAAGCAUUUGAAGAAGUCCUACUUUUCGACCCCAACAAUAAAAUUGCGCGACCCAGGAGAGAUGCAUUGAAGGAUAAAGUAACAAUGUACAAAGGAGUUUCUGUCAUAUCAAGGAAGAGAUAAGUGCGGCACGCAACUUCCCAGUUUUCUCAUACCCUCUUCUGCGUCAUUUAAUCUUUUCAUGAUUUUACACAACUUGUUGACUAAUUAUACCAGCAUGACUGCAGUUUGUACAGGGAUUCUGGGUCUGAUGAAAAGAGAAUGUGUGUUAUUGUAAAAAGAUUAAACUUCCCUAAUCCCUAUAUAUUUUUAUAGGCAUAAGACCUUGAAGGCUUGCCUUAAUCUGCAGGAAAUGGAAUCAGCGGUCGUCUAAUCUACUUUCUUCUACCAUGUUUGUUAGCUGAAUGUGACAUUUCCUAGGUAAUGUGGGAAAACUUUGUUUGAUUCCUGUAAUUAAAAAGUAACAUUAGUACAUUACCGUCAUGUAUGCAUUUUUUUAUUUAUCAAAAGAGGGAGAUGGGAUGACCCCCUUUUGUAACUAUUGUAAGAUUUUUACUUUGUAAUCUUUCAAACUUUUUAGUUUGUCCUUUGACUGCUUCAGAGCUCAAGUAUACCCUCUCUGAGCUUUCUGAACUUCCAUAACUAUUUUAAGGAAAUGGAAUUGUAUGAUAGUAAUUGACGAAUUGGAC